AUGGGCCAGGAAAGCAAAAACCAGACAUGGGUGAGUGAGUUCAUUCUGCUGGGGCUAUCCAGUGACCGGGGCACACAGGUAUUCCUUUUUGUCCUGAUCCUGAUCAUGUACAUGGUGACUAUUGGGGGAAAUUCCCUCAUUCUCCUUCUGAUCAGACUGGACAGCAGGCUUCAUAACCCCAUGUACUUUUUCCUUAGUGUACUGUCCUUCGUCGACCUUUGUUAUGCAAACAGUUUGGCUCCACAAAUGCUAUAUCACUUGCUCUCACCCCAAAUGCCCAUCCCUUUCCACAGCUGCGUGCUCCAGCUCUGUGCUUCCCUGGCACUGGGUGGGUCUGAGUUCUUCCUGCUGGGAGCCAUGGCAUACGACCGCUAUGUGGCAGUGUGCCAUCCAUUGCACUACACAGUCAUCAUGCACGGAAGGCUUUGUCUGGGACUUGCUGCUGGCUGCUUGGUGGCUGGUUUCACAAACUCACUAAUGGAAACAAUCAUUACCUUCCGCCUUCCUCUGUGUCGCAAUAUUAUUAACCACUUUGCCUGUGAGACCCUAGUGGUGCUACGGCUGGCUUGUGUAGACAUCUCCUUCAACCAGGUCAUGGUGUCCAUCUCAGGAUUUCUGGUGAUUAUGCUUCCCUGCUCCCUGGUUUUAUUCUCUUAUGCUCGAAUAGUUGCUGCCAUUCUACAAAUUAGUUCUGCUCAAGGACGUAGCAAAGCCUUUGGCACCUGUGCCUCUCACCUCACUGUGGUUUGCAUGUGCUUUGGCGCCACCAUCUUUACCUACCUAGGCCCACAGUCUGCAUCCUCAGAAGAAAAAGAGAAGAUGAUUGCUCUGUUCUAUGCUGUGAUAGCGCCCAUGUUGAACCCUUUGAUCUACAGCUUAAGGAACAGAGAAGUUAUGACUGCAUUACAGAGAGUUUUAGAAAAAGUCAGAUAA